AUGGCUCUCUCUCCCCAGCAGAAGUCCCCAAAGAAGUCAGGGGAGCGGCAAAUAGCUCCAAAAUCCCAACCAGUGCCAACUGAAGAGAAACAUGGGGCUGCUGGCGAACCAAGUGAACAAAGAACCUCAGGGGUGGAGACCAAACGGAAGAGAUCUAAGAAAGAUGACAAAGCUUCUUGUCCACAAAAGGUGGCACAGGAAAAUAAAAGAGUAAGAAUUCACAAGAAGAUACCGAUUCCUCCGCUGCCCCUUCACUUGCCACCAGUUAACCUGAUUCACCGAGACGUCGUGAGGGCUUGGUGCCAGCAAUUAAAGCUGAGCACCAGCGGCCAGAAAUGGGAAACAUAUAAUAGGCUGCGUGCAUAUGCUUACCCUAAUCAAAAGGAUAUUCCUAUCAAACCAGAGGAGGCAAAGAUAUUGACAUUAUCACAAAGGAAAUUGAAGAUGCAAAAGGGGGAAAUGAGUCUGGACAGUUUUGGUCUUCCUGAACUGACUGGUCCCCUGGUGGGGGGUCCUGCUCCUGAUGGGGGUGCUACUGCUCUCCUGGAGGGAAUGGACAAUAUUUUUGUGACAACUUCCACCCCGGAUGAUGUGUUUGCCUCCUGGAGCAGAAUUGCAGCCACUACUGGGAAGUCUGGGAAGAUGGAGAAAGUGAGGUCGCCACAGAAGGCCUCUGGUUACAAGUGGUGUGUGGUCCAUGGACAGAGUCUCCCUGCAGACACAGGGGUUUGGGUUCAGCUACAGUUUUAUGCUGGGCAAGCCUGGGUCCCUGAGAAACCGGGGCAAGUGUGUUCACUGUUCUUGAUACCUUCCUGCAACUUUCCACCCCCACACCUGGAGGAUAACAUGCUGUGCCCCAAAUGCAUUCAUAGGCGCUAUGCUGAGAAUGAAGAGAAUGAAGAUGACUUUGCUAACUCAAAAGAGUGUCAUGGACUGGAUGAAUUAGAAGAAGAAAAUGUGAUACUCACAUUGGUUCCAAUAAGCGAGGAACAUAAUGAACAUCAAAUGGAACCAAGUGUUUCUUCAACCUCAGACAGCAAGCUGACAGCGCCUGGGACAAACGAUAAAGUUAAUCUUCCUCAAAUGAAUGAACAAUUCAAAGAUUGCCCAAAACCAAUCCUUCCCUUGCCGACCAAUUUGCCAUCAUUUAAUAAAGUGCGUCACGACACUUUGCAGAACUGGUGCCAACAACUGAAUUUGAGUACCGAUGGUAGGAAAAUAGAUGUUUAUCUGAGGCUUAGCGAACACGCUUAUUUUGAAAAAAAGCGAGUGAAUAGGAAGCAUGGAGACAAUGUAAAGGGGUGA